AUGUCAACUAGUAUACAUGGAACGGCGACAAGCACCAUCUUCAAUGUUAGUAAAUACAAAUAUGGGCCGGCCAGCGUUUUUGCUCCUGCUGCUAGUUCUACCUCCACCGCUAGUGGUUGGUCGCCCACCGGGCAUCUCCCCCCUGGUGCCAAAUUAGCCACGAUCGAGGAGGAAAAGCGGAUCGAAGACUUCCAACGUGACAUGUUAUACGAUUUUACUGUACGGGAACUUGUCGAUUUUGAUGUAGUCAGUAGUAGAAUUCUUGAGGAAGGAAAUCUCACCAACCCCAUUCAUCCUAUAUUCUCCAGAAAUGUAUGGGAGAAACCUGGUCAAAGACCACUCAGUUGGCAUAUCACAAUCCCCGAAAUGACAAUUGAAGGUGUAUGGUACAUCAUGGACGACCCUACCAUAUUGAAAGCAAUGAUACCCGUUUUGACAUUAGCGAGCACAUUUCUUUCCAGAAUGCAUGCUCUACCAUUUUUCGAUGCAUUAUUUCUAGGUCGUCGAGAUUCGAUGCCGCAAUCCUCCUCCACCAUCCCCCUUCCGAACGGCCUUGUUACAUUCUGGCGCAGAGAUCUGGGAGCAAGCAGGGCCAAUGAUUUCGCAGAAUGCAAUAAGUCUUUUGGUUUAGCUUUACGUCGAUUACAUAAAAUGUUAAAAUGGGGUUUCGCCUUAGGCACACAGAUGCCGUGGGAUGUGCUUCCUAAGCAGUCGAAUUGUUUGGGUGUCACCUACAAGGAGGACGCAAAUACUAUUUGGAUUUUUUUGGACCAACGUCUAUGUGAUCUACUGUUGAGGAACGACUUGACCUCAGCAGAGAAAGCCGGUGCUGAAUAUUCCCUAGCAAUUGUCAUGUGCCAUGAGUUAACGCAUGUGCUCUGUUACAUCAUCCAGGAUAAAUCGCUCAAUCGAAAUUACGAACCUUUUUAUGAAGAUGCGCCUCAGUGCGAGCUGGGAUUUGAAAUGGAGAAUAGUGUUUUUGGUGGUCUCAUCGAGCCAAUAUUUCCCACACCUGCAGCUCCUUUUGCAUAUGCAGUGGACUCCACGUAUCCAGCUUAUGGCAACAUGCAACAGCGUGUCCCUGGAACAUUGGUAAUGGAUAAAGCUAUGCCUUAUCAUGAUCAAUCAAUUCAAUAUUUUAUUCCGAUUCAGACCUUCGAGGAUAUAAGGAAACAGGCCUUUUGGGAUCGUGCUAUUAGGCGAUACGGCUUAUCCACUAUUCAUGCUCGAGCAAUCAAGUACGGAUGGAAAGUAGACUUUUCACCUGAUUGGAAAAACGUUGAUCUACAAGGAUGUCCUAGUUUCAGCAAGAGCCCCCUUAGCAGAAUCGGUUAUCUUCAAGGCAUUCAGCUUGACUGGUAUGAUGAUGUAGCAGCAUCAGCAGCAGUAUACAACGGGAAGCAACUUCCCCCUGUGAGAAAAUCAGCUUUCCAAAUGUUGGAAGAGGUAAUUGAGAGCGCACUGAGAGAAGAACAGUUCUACGACUUCACUCAAGCCCAAGAAGACAAACUAUGGCAAGUACGGGAAUCUUUCGUUUCGCUGCGCGAAGCACAAAACACGAAUGAUACUGUACAGGCGAAUAAACUAGCUCGAGACCUGAUCAAAAUGCUUAGACAGGCAAUAGUUAAUCACAAAGAAAGUUUCGUACUUCUCGAAAGAUCCGAAACGCUUAGGGGAGGGAAGAACUUUCGAGAUCGGCGCGCAACUCUGUUUCGCUGGAACACCGGAACUCGGAGACUUUUAAAUGAUUUAUUUACCGUGGUAGAGGAUGUACCAAACAGACAAGGCGAUUUGGAAGCAACCUUUCAAGAGCUUAAGGGUUUACUCUGCAAUCUAGAAUACGUACGCCUUCAGAUAUUUCCCCCGACGUCCACAUGGGUAGUGGAGCAUGAAAAUACAGCCGAAGGAAUAGAGGAACUGAAAAAAUGGCCCAAAGACUUCUUUCGAGAAGAACUAAACGAGCUAAAUUUCAUCGCUGACUUAUGCAUGGCCGCAACCAAAUCCCAUCCGGACGAAUGUCGUAAUUUGGCAAAAGUUCGACUACAAAGUCAUCGUGGCGCCUCGACUUUAUCAUUCUAUUGUCGCUUUCUCUGCGUCAAUCUUUUGAAAAUCGAGAUGCCUAAUUUUAUGGGACAGCAUUGGAAAGAAAGAAAAAAAGCGGUGGAUGAUAUGAUACCGUGGUUGCAGAAAUUGCAAGAAGGGUGUACAGGGGCUUGGAAUUUAACGUUUGUGCCGUGGAUUAGGUGGUAUGAACAUAUUGGGAGUAGGAGUGAGGAGGAGGAGAGGAUGGAGGAGGAGAAAAGGAUGGAGGAGGAGGAGAGGGAGAGGGAACGGUUGGAGAGGAUUAUGCAGGAGAGGAGGAAGAGGAGGACUAGGUAUUAG